AUGGAGGGCUGCUGGACCGAGACCAUCAGCCUGGAGCAGAGCUCCUUGUUCCCAACGCUGCUGCAGCUCUCCACCGAAGAGAUUAUUGCUAUUUGGGACGCCGUGUCCAAUUACAUCCUGGAAGAGCUGAUGCAGGACAAGUGCCCCUUGCACGUCAGCAGCAGAGAGGGCACAGAGCAGCGUUCCCACGCUCCGACAAACAGCACUUUUUCCCUCGCCAAAAGCCUUCCUGGUGGGCCUUUGUGUCUUUGCUGUGUGCAGGGUGUGCUGCUAGCGGGGCUCGGCACCUUCUGCACGGUCCGGGAGCCACUGCGCCCUGGCAAAGACAACGUGGUGACAGUUCGAAGGCCUGUGUUCCAGCUGGAAAUGGACAUGGUCUGGCUGCAGAGGCUCCAGCGUCCCAAAGUGACUCUGCCUGACAACGUGAAGAUCAAGCCGCUGAAGUACCGGCAGCUGUCCCUGGCCACCUCCUUCUCGAGGCGCGUGGUGGAAGACUGCGUGCAAGAGACCAUCCGCUUGUUCUCUGCGCACGUGCGCAACAAAGAGAAGGUCGCCUUUGCCUUCAGGGACGUCGGCGUUCUGACUUGCCAGGAAGACAAAGUGCACAUGAGCUUUUAUGCCCGCUGCACCCGGUGGCUGGCGGACCCCUGCAGUCCCUUGGCUAACCGAGCAGGCGGCUUCCUGGCUGCUGCUCGGCACCGUGCACCGCCAGGGCUUGACACUCAGCAUGGAGUUGGGAAUAACUCACACAGUGACUGGUUCCCGCUUCACUAA